UGUUUCAGAGAAACUGCUCAAAACAUGCAAACAACUGGCCUACUGAAGUGAAAGAAGUCUAUAUAACUGAUGGGAUACGAGCUGAAGCCACUUCCACUUCCUACUCCUUAUACUGUCAGUAUCAAGGCUUUGAUUGCAAGACUGAAAACAUGGCUACCAAAGUUGAACAGGGUAUGAUCGGCCUCAUCGAAUUGUUCCACUCCUAUGCCUCAAAAGGAGGAGAUCCCAAGCAGCUGGACAAAAAAGAGCUGAAGACCCUGCUCAAGACAGAAUUCCCCACCUUCGUAUCAGAAUGCAAGGACCCAGCGAAACUUGAUAAGUUUAUGUCUGAACUGGAUUUCAACGGCGAUGGUCAAGUGGACUUCAAUGAGUUUAUGAUUAUGGUCACUACAAUGACUUUAGUGUGCAAUCAACUGGUGAUGGGGUCAAGCAAGAAGUAGAGCAACUGUGACAACCUGGAAGUCUGCCAUUUAAAUUCAAUCCAUUUGAAAUUCUUAACAGCAUUUACACAGUAACACUGUUCAUCAUGUUAUAGAUGUAAUGGUUUGAAUUGUUUCUUAAUCACAAAAACUUGUAAUGUUGCCAAAAGAAACACCACUGACGAAUCAAUAAUUUAUGAUUUUGUCCAAAACUCAUCAUCUCAAUAAAGA